ACAGUGUUGUGGAGAUGAAGAGGCAGCAUGUUACCUGUCUACUCUUAUAUAUUACCUAAGUCAUCCUCUCAUGCUAACUACACCAGUCAUUCAUGUACAGGGUAAAAUAUGUGAAAGUUACAUUAGAAUAGCCAGUUCCUAUCAUGAUAGAAGAGAGGUCUAACAUUUGCCGACGCAUUGGGUCUGCACGCUCGGGAGUGUCUAGGGUUGGGUCAGCACGGCCAGGCAGUGGUAGAGUCGGUUCAGCCAGACCUUCCUCAGGCACAUGCCGACCCAAGCUUUACACCGGUCGGCCAUCAUCGGCCCCAAUACCCAGCAGGCCUUCAUCAGCACCUUCCUCAGCACGAACUGGGCCUUAUUCAGUAAGCAGAACAUCUGCUGGGUCUGCUUCUUUCAAGUCGCAUGAUGUAUCACACCUAAACCUGAAGGUGGAAGGAAAAUCGAUCAGAUCUGUAGGGUACACACCACGACGACAUCAGCCAGUAAGCAGAGGCUCAUUGCGGGUAGUAUCUACUCAUGGAUAUUCUGUCGCUGGAAAGAGAAAGCAAUUUUUAAAUUGCCACAAGUCAAGACUGUAUGAAAAACAAGAUUUGGGGAGUGAUUCUGAAGGCUCCAGUGGAAUGGGCUUUGGAAGCACUUACACUCUGCCUUUGUCGGUACAUCAACCUAUAUUAUAUGGAAGUGCUAUAUCAUCUAAACAGCCAUACACUAACAAGGCUGUGGUAGAUUUUGGUGCCACGUUUACGAAAGGGACUAAGGAGGGAUCUUAUGAGGAGAAAAGUUUUGGAAGUACAUACACUUUGAAAAAUGCUGUCAGUGUAACAGCUGGUGGUGAAGAAUUUGAAUUUUCCCAUAGAUCAGCAAGUCGAUCAGAGGAUGGACCAGAGAAGGUAGAUUCUGCUUAUCAUCUACUUGGUAGUGCCUUUUUAAACAAAGAAGCUGCUGUUCAGAGAACAUGUUCAUCUGACAGUCAUGAUACACGUGAUAUCCAUGGCAUGUGUAGUGAUUCCUAUAAUACCAGACCACGUUCACUGAGUAGUAAUAGAUGUAUGGACGGAAGAAUAAGUGGGGAGAGCUCUGAUGAUGUACAACAAAGCCGAAUUAAUGUUGUGAAAAGGGACACAGACACUACUUCCAAUGAUGGCUCAGAAUGCACUGUCAUGAGCCUUGGAAGGAAAAUACAGAUUAUGGCAAGUGGUCAACCAAAGAAGCAAGUGAAUCAUGAUAAUAAGGAUGAAAACUGGGACACAGAAUGGAAACAAUUGCUGAAGCAGAACCACGAGUUACUUUUAAGGUUGUCAAAUAGAGAAGAUUUUCCAUUUCUAGAUAAUACAUCAAGGGUCAGUGGUGGUAAUCCAGUGUCAGUACAUGACAGCGGUGUUCAGACAAGUUUUACUAAAGACUUGGAAGAAAAAGGUCCCUUGGACUGUGCAUUAAAUAUAGACAUACCUGAAACAGUAAAUUACUCUGAAUAUGAUGGAAGUGAUGGUCUUUUAAGUCUUUGUUUGGAAGAUAGACAAACAGAUGAAAAUGAAGAAAAGGGGUCAAUCACAACGUCUGCAAGUCCUGAGUGUGUCCUUGAAGAUAUUAUAGAGGAAUCAAGUUUAAGUGAUAAAUCAUCCCCAAGAACAAUAGUAAAUACUGGUAACCCAGAUAGCUUGGAGGAAACUAAAGUGAAAAGUGAAAGAGAAAUGGAUUCAAUUGAAAAUGCAAGCCAGUCAAACCCAGAGGUUUCUACUACUCAAGGAAUGUUCAAAUAUGACAAUUCUGAAUUUGCAAAUAUACCAUCAGCUGAAAAAAAGGAAAAUUGUCCUAAAUUAUUCUCCAGUUCAACAGAUUUUUCUUGCACGACAAACCUCCCAGCUUAUCACUUGGGUGCAGCUACAACAUAUAUCAUACGUAGUAGAUUCUCUCGAGAAAAGCAGCUUAAGCCACAGCCUUCAAAAGAUUUGUUGGAUGCUCUGCAAAUGCUUGAAGAUGAAGAAAAAAAGAAUAUUGAAGCUCAAGAAAAGGAGUGUGCCUCAACAAACAAAGUUGAUGGUGCAGACGAAUGUGAAACUCAAAUGCCAGUCCAAGGUUCGAGCACAAGUGCAAGUUAUGUGUAUAAUCUUGGAGAAUAUGAGGCAAGCAAUAAGGAGACUUCCAGCUCAGUUCAGAGGUACGGCCGCUCGUAUGCAUUUGGAAUGAACGACUAUUACCAAGACACUCGUGAAGACUUGUUGUACCAGCUGGUGGAAGCCGAGCGACUCCUGGAGCAGAUAUGCAUCCAGGAGGGCAGGAAGGAGGACCCCAAGAAGUCUCCUGACUUGCACACCAAAUGUGAGGACAAAUUGCGCAAGAAACAGGAGGAGUCUGAUGCUAGGAUACAAAAAAAUAUUGAACUGAUUCGUAAGUUAAUGGAUGAUAAAAAGCUGCUGACGGAGCAGUGUGAACAGAUGCAUCGGAGCCAGAGAUUGAUAGAUAAGAAGCAUGCAGAUAAGAUUAAGCUCUUAGAAGAAAAACACUCUAAAGAAAUGAAAAAUCUAAAAGAAAGAAUUGUUGCAUCUGAACAAGAGAAGCGAGAGAAGUGGACUCAGCAGAAAACCAAAGUUAUCAAGGAAACAACAUACCGUGGACUGGAGACAAAGAUGAAAGACCUGAGUGCCAAGCAUCGAGAUGAGGUGAGCCAACUGAAGGCUGAGCACUGGGAAGCCACGAGGCAAAUUGAGGAGAGGUCCAUGAGUCAGCUGCGGAGCCAGGAGGAGGAGCUCAAGAAGAAGUUUGAGCAGGAGAAAGAAGAGGCAUGCAAGAGGGAAAGGGAGCGAGAACAACAGAGACUGGAAUUGGAGCUGCGACAAAGCGAGCAGUUAGCUUUAAGUCGCAUGGAAACAGUUCGCAAGCAGCACGAGAGAGACCUGCGGUCACUCAUUGAGGAUCACCAUCGUACUCUAGAAAGGAUGCACUUGGAAAAUGAAGCUGCACUCAGAGAAACCACUAAAGAGAGAGAGCGACUCAAAGACGAGUAUGAAGACAGGAUAAGAACAUUGAUUCGUAAUCAUGAGGACGAUAUAGCUACACUUCGUCAGAAAGAUGAAAAAAAUCGAUGCGAGUGGCGGGAGCAGUUUAUGAAAGAACACAGUGAGGCUCGCAUGUUAGCUGAGAGGGAGCUGCGAGAAAGACUUAAACGACAGAGGGACAAGGAGAUUGAAAGAGCCAUUAAGGAGAUCCAGCUGGAGACUAGGAACCAUGAGGAGCAAGAACAUAGGACGUUUGAGGCCAAGAUUAAGAAUCUCAGAGAAAGAUAUGACAAUGAACUAAAUGAACUAGAGUCCAGUGAACGAAAUGCUAGAAGUAGGUACUUGGAGAUGAAAUCCAUUCUGGCCCAAAAGGAAGAGGAAAUUGUGUAUCUAAGAGCUCGGCUUCAUACACAAGAUCUGGAACUUUGUGAAUUACAGCAUAUGUUUCGUCCUCCAGAUGACUAACAUCAUUUAGUUAUAACUGGAUGCAUACAGUGAUACUGUAGUGGGGCAGUGGUAUUUUCUGACAUGUUCAUUACUAAAAUACUACCCAGAGUUAUGAUCUUGUACCACUUCUGUGCGAUGUUGAGCGCGUCUUACAUAAUAAGCGUAAGUUUUUUAAUAAUGUUCUUGUAUCAUUUUGUUCAACAUUGUUAUCAUGAUCUAACUGUUUUUUGUUACUUGUUAGUAUUAUUGUAUUAUAAUCAUCAUAAUUACCAUCAAUAUCUGACUCAUCUUGCUAGUAAUUAUCCUUUAAUAAUUAUUUUUGUAAGUUAAUUAAGAGAAAAUACAAAUUUUAGAUUUUUCAACAAAAUGUCAAUACUGCAGUUAUUAUUUGUUCUUCAUGCUAUGUAUAUAAUACAUUGCAGAAAAUAUCCAAAGCUGAGAAGUUUGUCAAUAGUUUUAAGUGUUUAUCCCAGGGACCUCCAAGUAUUAAAUCAGUUUAUAACUCUUUAGUUACAAUGUGCAUGAAACACUUAUUAGUGAGAGGAUAAUAUAAAUACUCUCAAGGCAAAUUAGUCAAUUUCAGUACCAUAUCCAAACACAGAAGUGCUAUUAACACUUGUCUAUGGUACAAACUUGCAUGGUUAAAAUUAAAGAUUUUAAGAAUAUAUAUUUUGGCCUACCAGUGAAACUCUUUUUAGCACUAAAAAGUGUACAAAUUAAAAGUUCAUUAAAUCUCACCUGACAAAAGUUGCAUGGUGUAAAUCAGGUGAACAAACUUAUGUGCAUAAACAAGUAAUUUAGGGCAAGGGUAAUUAUGGUAUUGCCUCCACAGGCCUUGUGAGAUGUUAAAAUGGGUUCUGAAGCAAACAUAACUGUCUUGAGGAUUUUACACAUGUAUAUGCAAUUUGUUCCAUAUCUGAUAGGAGUAUGUUCUCAUUCAGUAUUAUGGGUAUGGUUCUUUAUAUGCUGGAAGAUUGGUAAACUCUCGGUGCAUUUCUAACAAAUGUCUUGUAUCCAGUUAUGCCAGUGAUUCAGCUUCUACCUGUUUAAUUUAUGUAUGAUUGACUGCAUUGUAUGUAAAGGAAUUUAAAUAAACACUAGGCACAUCAAGGGUUAAGUCACUGUUAAAAUUAUAUUUUAAUUAGAAGUUUUCAGCCUACAUGGUUUAAGUACUAUAAAAGUAUUAUAUAAAGGACACUGUUAAUCCAUAAACAUGAGGGCCAGGACCUCUUCUACAAUGUAUAAUUUUUUUAAAUACAUUUCAAAAACUCAACUUGAAAAUUUAAAGAAAUCACAUUUGUAAAAUCUAAAAAAAAAUUGUGGUUUUGCUUCAAAGUUAGCCACCAGACUAGAUCAAGGUGUGAUGGCCCUUAAUAUAUUUGUUUUGGUAAUGCCAUCAGUGUGUUUAGUGUGUUGGAGUGUGAGCAAAGUAACAUUUAUGAAGGGGUUCAGGGAAACCGGCAGGCCGGACUUGAGUCCUGGAGAUGGGAAGUACAGUGCCUGAUACAGUGGAACAACUUCAUUCUUUUCUGUGUGAUUUUUUCAGCAUACAUAUUUGUAUCCAUUCUCUAAUAUGGAGACCAGAAUUAAGAAGCAUAAUCUAAACGAGGCCUUACGAAAGAUAUCUAAAGUUGAAGUAUAAUCUGAGGACUUCUAUUAUUUAUGCUUCUUGAUAUGAAGCCUGGAAUUCUAUUAGCUUUAAUGCAAGCACUUAUGCACUAUUGCCUUGGCUUUAAAUUAUUGCUAAAUAGAAUUCCUAAAACUAUUGGAUUCUGCUUAAUUGGGAUCUACACAUCAAUUAGUUUAUAGGUGCCAUAGUUAUUUUCUUUUCCCAGGAUUAGAUGCUUCCAUUUGUCUACAUUAAUCUGUAUCUGCCACUUCUCCGACCACCACAGCAAGUUUUGGUGUCAUCAGCAAACUUGCUUAUGUUGCUAUUUAUUUGUUUAGUGUGUUGGAGUGUGAGCAAAGUAACAUUUAUGAAGGGGUUCAGGGAAACCGGCAGGCCGGACUUGAGUCCUGGAGAUGGGAAGUACAGUGCCUGCACUCUGAAGGAGGGGUGUUAAUGUUGCAGUUUAAAAACUGUAGUGUAAAGCACCCUUCUGGCAAGACAGUGAUGGAGUGAAUGAUGGUGAAAGUUUUUCUUUUUCGGGCCACCCUGCCUUGGUGGGAGUCGGCCAGUGUGAUAAUAAAUAAAAAUAUUUUCUAUAUAUUUCCUUUAAUGAUAGUGACUUUUUUCUUUUUUGGGUUACCCUGACCCAGUGGGAGACAGCUGGUGUAUUUAAAAAAGAAAAUGUUGGCUGAAACUAUAUAGCUUAAAUUUACUGAAAACAAUAUUUAAGUUUUGUUAAAUGCCUCAUGUAAUUGAAAACAGAUUGUUUCAUAGUAAAUAAGAAAAGAUACAAUAGUGAAAUCUUGUACAGCGCAAGGGUUAUUAUGUUCCUGAAAUUGAUGCUUUGCAAUUUCAUGUUAUGUAAUGUGAAUGAUAUAUCUGAAAAAAGGGGUUAUGUUCAUAACACCUAUAAAGUAAAGUUUUUUAGGUACUUGUUUUAUCAAAAAAUAUUAAAUUUUUAUUAUCUUAUAGGUGUCAUCGAAUGUUGAUCAUGACAUGUAUGUUAUUUACUCAUAACCUAAAUAAAAACUUAUUUAAUAAACUCAAGUAAAGCCUAGGGAAGUUGGUGUUUGAUGACACAGUAUAUCAUUAAUUCCAUCUAGAGAAAAUGGGCAUUGUUUUCUUUUUAAAAGAAAACAUGCAGAGUUAAUACACCAUUAGUGACUAUUAUAAAUUGAAUAGACUUUAUCAGUUAUUAUUAUUCUUAUUAUAACUAAGUGCUAAACUCACAAGGGUCUUAGUGUUCUUAUCAGUUUACAAUAUGCUAAUGAGUAACAAAUAAUUUUAACCACUAAUAAUACAUUAUAGGAUUCUAUCAAUCUUGAUUACCUGUUCAUUCAAGAAAUUCACAAGCACUUUGACACCAAACCAUAUAUUCAUCACUAAUGAAAAAAUUACCAAAGGUUAUGCUCAAGAGUGGCAGUAUGAUCACCAGGAUUGUCAGCUCUAGAAGGGAUGUGCUUUCACCUGAGACUAGGACUAGCACUAAUAAAUUCAUAAAUAAUCUACUAGUUCUACCUGUUCUGAGAAGCAACCUUGCUUCUGCUAGGAGCCUAGUCCAUAAAAAAUUUGCAAGAAACAGUAAUAUGAAACCUCAGUGUAGGUUUUUAUGCUCAACACCCAAUUGAGGUUUACAUAUUAUCUUACAUCACUAAUUGCUGUAUGUUCACUAAGCUUGUUGAAAUGUACUUAUUGACAGCACCAUUAACUACUAAGAUUUUCUGGUACUCUUCUUUUCAUCUUCGGUGUUUAUAGAACAUGGUAUAUUUUUGUGUAUGAAAACAAAGUACAUUAGUUUACUAGUCAAUGUGAUAUACACCAUCUCUUUGGAAAAAAUAUCUACAAGAUAAACUAAAUAUUUUUGCCUCCAUAUAAAAAGAUAAGAAUGGGGGAACACUGUAAUAGGCCUAUUGGGCCAUGCUUAGCUGGUUCAACUCUUAUCCACCCACACCCACUUGAUGUACUUGUCCAACCUGGUUUUUCAAUCUACCCAAAUUUCUUGGUUCACUGAAAAUCUAUCUUCUAAAUUUAAGUUUGUUCACUGUGAAUCCAUUGCCAUGAGUCAUGUUCCAUUUGCACAUUUUAAUCAUAUCCAUUUAAUUCCUUACCUCUUCAGAGGUUGCAAAUAUUCAUGAGUUUUCUGAUACAGUGGAGCAACUUCAUUCUUUUCUGUGUGAUUUUUUCAGCAUACAUAUUUGUAUCCAUUCUCUAAUAUGGAGACCAGAAUUAAGAAGCAUAAUCUAAACGAGGCCUUACGAAAGAUAUCUAAAGUUGAAGUAUAAUCUGAGGACUUCUAUUAUUUAUGCUUCUUGAUAUGAAGCCUGGAAUUCUAUUAGCUUUAAUGCAAGCACUUAUGCACUAUUGCCUUGGCUUUAAAUUAUUGCUAAAUAGAAUUCCUAAAACUAUUGGAUUCUGCUUAAUUGGGAUCUACACAUCAAUUAGUUUAUAGGUGCCAUAGUUAUUUUCUUUUCCCAGGAUUAGAUGCUUCCAUUUGUCUACAUUAAUCUGUAUCUGCCACUUCUCCGACCACCACAGCAAGUUUUGGUGUCAUCAGCAAACUUGCUUAUGUUGUUAUUUAUUCUCUCCCCCCCCCCUGUCAUUUAUGUAUAUUGUGAACAACUUUGGGUGCAGUGCUGACCCUGUUCAACACCACUGGUAAAGGCUCUGUUCCCUUUCGGUCAACCAGUGUCUCAUUCCAUGAGAUUUCUCCUAUUCUGUGUACUGCUGCUUUCUUUAAUAUUCUUGUGUGUGGAACUCUUAUCAAAUGCCUUACUGAAAUCCAUAAGCACAUUACCAUAUACUUUAUCUUGGUCUAAUGCCUCAAAUAUUUUAGUAAAAAUAUAGAAAAGGCUAAUAAAUUUGCAAGGCAUGAACAUCUCUUUGUAAAACCAUGCCAAGAUUCAUAGAUCAAAUUGCAUUUUUGAAGGUGGCUUUGAAUAUUGUCUGCAGUUAUUGAUUCCAUCAACUUUCCUAUAAUUGAAGUUAGACUAAUUUGCCUACAAUUUGAAGCUAAGGACUGAUCACCUGAUUUGUAUAUAAGUAUCAUGUAUGCCAUUUUCCACUUAUCUGGUAUGAAACCAGUUUGUAGUGAUUGUAGUGUAGUGUUUAAGAAACUAGUUAAUGGUUUACUAAGUUUCUCUAAAUCCCUUUAGAACCCUUGUAAACAGUUUGUCAGGUCUUGCUUUGGUUUUAAUCUGUCUGAGGACUAUGAUGCUAGUGAUUUUGAUCUUGCAUAAUUUUUCAUCUUGACUUUUACAAUUUUUAAUAUCUGGGAUUUCAUUUGUGUCCUUUUGUGUGAAGCUUAAAAGAAAAUAUAAUUACUAAAAAUGAGGCAUAUUUCUUUGUCAUUAAGGAAUGUGUACCAUUUUUUAAUCAAGUGAAAUAAAAAAAAAAACAGAAUGCCAGUUAAAAUAUUCGGUUUGUCUUCAUGAAGUGUUUUCUGAAGAGUGAGUUUGUAUCACAAUUUGUGUAUAUUUAAAAUGAUUAUGAUCAAGUAUCUUGACUAAUUAGAGAAGAUAAGAAUUAUAUUUCUUAUUUUUCUGGUCACCCUGCCUUGGUGGGAGACAGCCAUUGUGUUAAAAAAUAAAAAAAAUUAUGGUAACUUAUAUAAGCCAUUAGUGCUACUAGUCAUAUUAGAUUUUAUACCCAUGAUUUUAAUAUAAAUAUUUUAUGUAUAAAAAUAACUUGUAAAUAUAUAAUUCUUUAUAAUAAAGAUUUCUGUUAUA